AUGGCGACAACAAAUAGAGAAUCUUGUUGUGUUACAGAUUGCAUAGCAAGAGUUACAGCGACUUGUGUGGGAUGUCCACAAGUAUUUUAUUGUCAUGAACACUAUUUAAAACAUCGUGAGGAUCUCGGUCGACAAUUGGAAAUACUUGCAAAUGAACGAGAUGGUCUUAUGCAUAAAAUAGAACAACAAAAAGCUGAACCUCAACAGCAUGCAUUGAUGAAAAAAAUCGACGAAUGGGAACGUGAUUCAAUCGCUAAGAUUCAGCAAGUGGCAAAAGAAGCUAAACAAAUAUUGUUGUCUCAUAUUGCUAAGUUUUUUCCAAGAGUAGAGCAGCGAUUGAGCCCAUUAACGGAUGAACUUCGUCAGAAGCCUAACAUGAAUUAUUUUGUAGACACAGACUUAACGAAAUGGAAACAAGAAUUAGAACAAUUAAAGACGUUACUCGACAAUCCACCAGAUUUGAAAGUGCAACAAGAUUCCACACCACUCGUAACCAAAAUUCAAGUAAAAAUAACCUCAAGUGAGUCUAAUCAUUAA